CGUAACGUUUGUUUGUAGCAUCGAAUGCUAGCUGGCAGCUCGGCUCAUUCAUGGAUACGUUAACCUUUUGUAAUUUUUCGUACUCUGGACCCCUGAGAGAUCAGUAAAUACAUUAAUUUUGUGCUCCGUACGUGACAGAUGAGCAGUUCUGUGGUGUGCUUUGAAUAAAAGGAAUGGACCGGAACAGAUCCCGCAGCCCCGUUACCAGCUCCCACCGCCACUAUUCACCAAGCAGACGAGAAGCGGGUAACUGGAGAAAAAACAACUUCGACGGUGAACACUUAGGAGCCGCAAACCACCACCAGUACCAGUCCAGCGCGACUCCAGAGCAAAGCCCACGCAGGUCCCAGACUUUAAGCACGAGGAGGGAAGUGUAUGAGAGAGACUUUCCGUUGUACAAGCAGCCUGUGGAAGUGGGCUCGUUCUCCCUGGACUCUCAGCGUAGGUUUUUCAACGACAGCAGGCAGUUGAGAUACUACGUGGAACCUGGCAGGAAUCCCAACUUCGAUCUGAGGGACGGGUACAGGGAACGCUACGUGAGGAGGGACGAGAACGUGAAGGAGAAGCUGGACCACAUUCUGCGCUGGAUUCUGGCCAACAGGUCCAAGCUGAAAUCCAAGCUGGCUGCAAAUGCGUCAUGCCCUUUAGACUUCGACUUUGUGACCUGGCGGGGCCACCUGACCAAGCUGCUGACCACACCGUAUGAGACCAAAGAGGGCUGGCUGCUGGCUGUGACCAGGUUUAAGGGCACGCUCUACAUCAGCGAGGUGGAGACGGAAGCGGCUCGCAGGGAACGAGAGAACCGUCCAGAGAGGAACAAGGAGAUGAUGUACUGGGGAUACAAGUUUGAGCAGUACAUGUGUGCAGAUAACGCUGACGGUGAGCCCGACCCCGGCGGCGUGGUCAACACCAACGAGGCCUUCUGCACGGUGGUCCAGACCCGGCUAACAGACCACAGACUCCUGUUCUCUGGGGAGGUGGAUUGUCGGGACAGAGAUCCCGACGCUCCAGCUCCUCCUGCCUGUUACGUGGAGCUGAAGACGUCUGCGGAGAUCUGCGCUCCCAAACAGCGCAGCAACUUCCACAGGUUUAAGCUGCUGAAGUGGUGGGCCCAGUCGUUUCUCCCCGGAGUCCCUAAGGUGGUGGCAGGUUUCAGGGAUCACGACGGGAUCGUCGUCUCUGUGGAGACUUUUCAAAUCUCCAAGAUUUCACAGCUCAUCAAGAAUGAACAUAACUGCUGGAAGCCGACGGUGUGCAUGAACUUCUGCUGUGAUUUUCUGUCUUUUGUGAAACGCGAAGCAACUGCAGACAAUCCAAGCGUGGUGUACCUGUUCUCCUGGGAGCCACACAAGGACGUGACCUACUCUGUCCACCGGGACUCCCAAUACUCCUUCCUGCCCGACUGGUACAUCAAGGAAAUGACCAGUUCCCCAGAGUAACACCAUCAGCUUUCAUGUUAGUAACGUCCGUCCUCACUUUAGGCUCCUCCACAGUCUGGAACACUAUUAUUUUUCAGAUCUGGACAUUUUUUUUUAAACUUCCAGUUGUCCCCUCCUCCCUUUUCCACUAUCUGAAAGUUGUAUUCUCCUAAUCAGUCUAAUUUUUGCAUGUUGCACAUAUGAAGCCUGACAGUUUGGACUUAUGUUUCUCCAAAAAAAAAGAGGAAUUUUAGUGAAGGAGACUACUAAGUUCUGAUCUAAGAAUUUCACAGGAACCCUGAAUCCAGAGGAUUUCUUUGACAGAAUACAAAAGUUCACCAGAGGCCAGCAAUCAUUGCUUCGUCAUCUUCUGGGCAGAUUUUUUUAUGAAAAAACAUUUUUUUGUUUUGUGCAUGAUGAUUUCAAAUAAAACAGUCUGUUUCUUAAACCUU